AUGCGGAGACGUGAUGAUAGAAAGAGGGAGUCUGACCGUAACACAAAAACCGCUACGGAAGCGGAGGUUACAGUGAUAGAGUUGGCCCAAGAAGAAGAAGUAAAGGAGAAAAAAGAAGAACACGAUAGUCAUUUACAAAGUACAUUGAAUAGAAAUAGAAAUACAGAAGAAGAAGAAGAGGAAGAAAAAGAAGAAAUACUUCGGUUUGAUCCACACUCGAUGGAGCACCUUCAACUCACUCGUGGGCAUACGAUGGGGUGGCGAAGACAAUUGCGAGGUGAUUGGGACUUUCCACAUAGAAGAGCCUCUCCACAGUCCAAAAGGAACAGGAGUAAAGGCAACUAUGGCAAUAAUAAUAAUAAUAAUAAUAAUAAUAAUAAUAAUAAUAAACAUAAUAAUAGUAAUAGUGGUAGUAGAAGUCCUCCAAAGGUUCCCUAUUCCGCUCGUUAUCAAAGGCAGAUAUCUUCACCUGUUAAGCCCCCUGUAGAAAAACCAGAAGAACAGUUGGAGGAUUAUCAUUCUUUACAAGAACGCGGGUUUGCGACCCUGCAUGAGGAACUUCAGUAUCUUCGCAUGACUUACGUUCAUUCACAAAAGACACUUCGUCUUAAAGGUGAAGAAGUCACACGUUUACAGAAGGAAUUAGAAGAGAAAACCAAAGAAAUUGAGAGACUAAAAGCACUUCUUACGGUAGUUCGAAAGAAACGUUUCGUAGCGGGUGGGUCCAAUACUGAGAAUGAAGAUAAUAUGAGUAGUCAUAGUCAUAGUAAUAGUGGUGGUAGAACGGAAGUAACUCCUUCACUCGCCCUUUUUGCUGCUUCUGCUUCUGCUGCUGCUGGUGGUGGUAUUAGUGGUGUUAGUAAUUCUAAUAACAAUACGGCUGGACGUGGAGCACCAGCGAAGAUGUUAUUAGAAUUACGGCAGAAUAUUGCAUCUCGUGAUACUGUUAUUGAUACGCUUCGAAUGGAACUUGCAUCUCUGCGAAAAGAAAAGAAGGAAAUGGAUAAUCAAAUACGCACAACAGCUGUAGCGUUAGAGGAAGCUAAAACAAGAUGUGAAACCUUAUCGGCUGAUUUAACUAGUAGAGAUGCAAAAAUUGAGGAACUUAGUCGCCGAUGUAGUACAUACACGACCACUCCGACAUCCUUAACUACUACGAAUAAUAUGGAAAAUAACCAUAAGGAUGAGAAGAGCAAUAAAAGUAAUGAUGGUGAUUCGGGAUAUCUACAGCAGCAGUUUGAAGAGUAUCAACGACGCUAUCGUGCCACUGAUGAGGCUAUUGGUAGUAUUCAACAACAAUUACAACGAUUAGAACGGAAUGCCCUCUCUCCAUCUUCUCACAACAGCAGUUCAGAUUCCCAACAACAACAACAACAACAACAACAGGAAUACUUACGCCAUGAGUUGAUGCAAUUACGACGUUGUCUUGAAAGGGAAAAAGAAACCACCGUAGAAUCCGAGCGGCAGUGGCGUAGACGACGGGAAACAGAUCUCCGCAUAACAGAAGCGGAACUCGACACGGCCAGAGCAGAAACAGAAGCCUACAAACGUGAAGUGGCACGUAUGCAGAAACAACUCACAACGGCGAGUUUUGCAGAAGCGCAAUUGCAGGCAGCACGAAAUGAAAAUGAUGCCCUGCAGCAACGUGUAUUGGAGCUUCGAGAAGAAAACACCGCACAGGCAUCUCGUGAAAGGGAAUUACGAAAUGAUAUGCGUAUCACAAAGGAUGCAUAUGAACGACGUGAAGAGGAAGUGGCAUCCCUUCAACGUCGAUUAAAAUCUUCUAAAGAUAGUGAAUCUUCCCUGAGAGAGGAAAUUGAAACACUAGAGGCUAAACUCGCACAUUAUGAAGAACGAGCACGAACGAUAGAACGUACGGCUUUACCUUUAUUAAUAAAACAAGAGAAAGACAGUGCUGGUGGUGGUGGAAUGGAACCUUCUGUGCAUGCCCCACCUCCUUAUGAUCUUAACAGUUAUGCCGCACUGAUGAAGUUAAAUGCGAAUUUACAGGAUCGUGUAAAGACACUGGAAAUGGAAUUACAGAAAGCAAAAGAAACUUUAUCAAGAGAAAAAGAGAAUGAAACGAGUGUGGUUACUGAUCCUCUAAUGAUAUCAAAUGUGGAAAGAUCAUAUAAGGAUACUAUGCAAACAGAAGAAGAUGAUAGAGAAGUUUUGCAUCGUGUAGAUAAACUUGCAAUGGAAGUAGAAGCAUUUAAGUCUGGAUUGCAGCACACAGGGGUAUCACUUCGCCUAUUACAAGAGCAGUUUCUUGCCUCAAUGGCAACAGGAGAAGAAAAGAAGAACCAGCAAGAGCAACAACAACAAGAAAAAUCAUCUAAAGUGGGAGAAAUAGAGGCUGAGGAUGGUGUUGGCGCUGAAUCAAAAUCUAUUGUAUCGCGAAAAAAACACAAUGUUGAAAUUAUUCGCGAUCAAUUGCAGAAUUUACAGCAACAACAACAACAACUGCAGGAUAGUAAUAAUAAUAAUAAGACAAGGCGAAUGCCGGAGGAUGUACGUCAAAGCUCAGAGAGGAAUAGUGAAAUGGAGGCCCUACGAGAAGAAACACAUCGUCUACGAAAGUUAGUUUCAGAGUAUGAAGAGAAUUUUACACGUAUGCGGCGUGAGUUAGUGAGUCUCAAUGCGGAAGUAAUCACUCUACGGCAGCAGGAGAAACUUCUACGCGAGACAACACUGGUGGAGUUGCGUAGGAAGUGUGAGGAACAGGAACGCCUUAUUACUAUACUACGUGAGUCUACAUCUAUGAUCCCUUCUUCCUCUUUAUCUGGCUACACAAAGGGUAUUAGUAGUGAUGUUGAGGAUGAUUGUGAUGAUGAGUUUAUUAUAGAAGAGGCACUACGAGAGGAAACAGCACGCUUAGAUGAAGAGAUGAAUGCACUUCGACGUGAGGUGCAUGAAGCAAGACUGGAGCGGGAUCAUUGGAAGGCUCUCGCAACGGCUACAACUGAAAAAAGAUCACAAUGA